GUUUUGGUUUGGAGCUCAACGUGACCCAUGCAUGGCUACGUUGACUGCCACUGUCAUAUCUCUGCGGGGGAUUUUGACAAGGACAUAGAGGAGGUGGUUGAGAACUCAAAGAAGGCUGGAGUGUUGGCGCUGUUAGCCGUGGCCGAGCAUGCUGGGGAAUUUGACAAGAUUAUUGAGUUGUCACAAAGGUUUCCAGGUUUCAUUUUUCCCUGCCUGGGAGUCCAUCCUGUUCAAGAGGUUUCUCCAGAGCAGCAGAGGGGGGCUUAUCUCCAGGAUCUAGAUGCAGCUCUACCCAUAAUAGAGAAAUACAAAGACCACCUUGUGGCCAUUGGGGAGGUUGGUUUGGAUUUUACACCCAGAUAUGUCCGCGGUGAGACGGACAAAGAAAGCCAAAGGCAGGUCCUCAUUCGUCAGGCACAGAUAGCCAAGGAACUGGACCUCCCUCUAAAUGUUCAUUCACGGUCUGCAGGAAGACCCACCAUCCAACUCCUGAAGGAGCAAGGUGUCGAAAAAGCCCUGCUUCAUGCUUUUGAUGGGAAACCUUCUGUUGCCAUGGAGGGAGUGAAGGCUGGAUAUUUCUUCUCGAUCCCACCAUCCAUCAUACGCAGUGAGCAGAAGCAGAAACUCGUGAAACAGUUGCCGUUAGAGAACAUCUGUCUAGAAACAGAUUCACCUGCUCUUGGUCCAGAAAAGCAGGUGAGAAAUGAGCCGAAAAACAUCUGUAUCUCUGCCGAGUACAUCAGUAAGAUUAAAGGAGUGUCGCUGCAGGAGGUGAUGGAGGUGACGACACAGAACGCUCUCCGACUCUUCCCAAAGAUAAAGUCUGCCAUCAGACCCUGACAAAGCCUUAAAAGUCUAUUUCAUGAUAAUAUAAUCAAGUGUUAAUUAAGACGUGGUGUAAAUCAGUCUUAAGCUAAAACACCUCUAUCUGAACUAUAUAACUGUACUUGAGUGCUGAAAGCUAUUUAUUUAUCUCCAUUUAUUCUUCAAUAAAGGAAGAUAAGAUAACAAUUUAACACACAAGUUGGUUAUUUGUCGUGUGUGUGAUACAUCUGAAACAUCAAACAUUUC